GUAGUAAAUGCGCUUGCGCAGAACAAACGGUCGCGCGCAAGAUUUGAGUUCUUUGAAUUUGUCGGUGCCUGAAGGAAACAAAAUAUUAUUAUUAUUUGUUUAGCUAUGUAGCAAUGGCAAAAGCUUUCAACCUGUUGACCUCAGAUUUGGACGUAUCAUCUGAAAGCGAUUUGUCCGUUUCUAGCCGAGCGUCUAACAGAAGUUUGCGAGUAGCAGAGAAAGAAAGAAGAAAGUCCGAGGCUGAGGAUCCAUUUCUGCUUGCGCUGAAGUACUUUUCAGAAGUGAAGGCAGGUACCCCAUGGAUGGGAAACGAUGUGCUGGAGAGGAACCUGGUGCUGGUGGAAAGAAUGGGGCUCACCCGUGGACUCCCUCCUGAGGUCAUCUCUACUAUGCUGGACUACGCUAUGAGUCUCCGUAUGGGAGGUGCGCCAUGUGUCCGGGUCCUGAAGUUUCUGAUCCCAGCCACGGUUGUGCCACAAGAGGCCAUUGUCCGAGCCGUGGCGUGGUUAUGUGUCGGCAAGAUUGCCAUCAGCACGCAGGUUUUAUUCCUUAAGUGGGUGCUGACUUUUUUCGACAUGAUUGACUCUAAGGACCAUCUUCGAUCCAUUUAUGGAUUUAUCUUCAACUUUGUGACCGAGGAGCAUUUGUGUCCUUACAUCUGUCACUUGCUCUAUCUUUUGACAAGGAAAGAGUGUGUUAGGCCGUUCAGAGUCCGAAAACUGUUGGACCUCCAGGCAAAACUGGGCAGGCAGCCGUUCCUGUUGCACUUGCUGUCGUUGUACAAAGUGUUUUGCCCUGAAUUGGUGACAACUGCUCUUCCGUCAAAACUGAGGGGUGGGUUUAAGAAUCACGUCACCCCUUGGAAGGGGGUGCUCAAUGCUAUCCAGAAGAGGAACACUGGCCAGGUGACCUCUGACAUCCGGCUGACCAUCGGGGUGAAAGACGGGUCCAACUCCAGGAAGCGGAAAUGUAACCACCUGCAGUUACCGUCUCUGAACUCGGCUGUCCAAAGGAACCUUUCCUCCACCAACAGCAGGAAGGUCUUUCCAUUGGAACAGCUGCACUCCUUCCCAGAGCUGCUGGACAACCUCCACCGUAUAGAGCUUCCAUCCCAGAUGGGUUCUUUGCUGGGUUCCAGUCUGGCCCUGUGUUACCUUGACUACGUACAGGAUGACUCUGCCUUCCUCAGACUCAAUUUCUGGCUGGGCCACGCCCUCCAUGAAGAGUUUCUGUUCUGCAGCAGGGAGGGAGGUUCCGGGUGUUCGUCCGAGACGCUUCACUUCCUCAAUAGGUUGAUCUCCACGCAGAACUUUCUCCAGGAGGGCUUCUUCAGCACUGAGAGCUUCCUCUACAAGUUCCUCAACGUCUGGGACGGUUCGCUCCUGCGCCCCCAGAUUCUGGGCCUGCUGAGUCACAUUCCUGUUGUCCCCAGUUCAUGUAUCCACCAGCUUCUGUUCGAGCCCCUCAUGCAGCUGUUCUUCAGCUCCACGCUGUUCUUCAAGUGCAGCGUGAUUGAAUGUCUGAACGACAUGCUGUUGAAGUGGUUGACGUGGCACUCGGUCUACUCUGUGGAAGAUGGCUUGGACAUCUCCCUCAACAGCCACACCCCCAUGAACAUGACUCUGUCGGGCUUCAUGGACUCUGUGAUGGAGCUGGUUCUUUUCGUGGGCCGUCUGGCCACUGUUGGCCUCCAGCUGGAGGGCUGCUCGUCACUGCUCCUCAGUUUCGUCCUGGACUUCUAUGAAACGGUGUGUGACAUGUUCCUGAAGUUUGAGCUCCCCCUGGUGGUCAUGCCCCCAGUGGGAGUCUUCUACCCCGCGCUGUUUGCCACGGACCCGGUCAGCGUCGACCGCCUCUGCUUCAUUAUGUGCAGGUACAAGCAGAACCUGACUGCCGCCAAGUUUCAACAACAGGAAGCUAAGCACGUUUUUCACAUCAGCAGCCAAACAUACCGUGAGUUCAACCGCUAUCAGCUCUUGAUGGUGAGCACCCUGUGGAACUCCAGGUUGUUCCAGCCUGGCAUGGCUGUCGAGGUGGACCACAAUCUCCUGGCUCUCAGCAAGGUCCCUGAACCGUCAGCCAGUUUCACCCUCAUCCGCCACCCUGCCUUUGUUGGAUACGCCCUUGAUUUUCACCUCAAGUGUUGGCCAGAGAGGAAGGAUAUGGACCUCAAAUCCGUAAAGGCAGGAAAGCACUGGGAAUGGUACCUGGAGUUCCUCUUCUCCCAUGGCUAUUUGGGCCUUCAGCAGUUUGUUCAGAGUAACAUCAACUGGCAUCCUGGGUCUGGAACAAAAAGCCAGGGUCAGGGCGACGGGCAGCCCACAAAUGGUUGAACCCCCCGGCCAAGAUGGAAUGAAAGACUCUGACAUUUCUGUUGCGAAGAACUUUGUAUAUAUUUGAUCUCUCGUCUUCUCCUAGGCAUGAUUCGCGCAAGAUUUGAGUGAACCGUUUUCUUUGUAAAUAGACACCGUUUUAUUCCUGAGUGUAUUCUUAUUUUGGUUUUGUCCAUAUUUUAAUUCCUCUUGAUUUCUCUUAUGUACAGCUUACUCAUCUUUGUUAUUUCUGUGAAACUUGCACAUUAAGAUAUGAAUAAAUAGCAUCUUAGGA